GAAGAGCAGGAAGGCUUUAAAUAUCAAGGUUUACUUUAAACACUCAUCCUAUCCUGCACACUUGCUCAGGACCUACACUCAAAAUGGCUUUCGUUACCAGACUCCUGGCUCUCAUUUGCUUGACAAGUGUGGUUAUUGUGAUGGUUUCAGGACGUGAACCUGUCUGUGACGAUUACCAGCAGUCAAUCGACUGCCCUGUGACAUUUGUGCCAGUGUGUGGAUCGAAUGGCAAUAUUUAUGCCAACGAGUGUCGCCUUUGCAUUGAAAACAAAGAAAGGAGUCCAUCAGAGCAAGUCACAAUUAAAAAUGAAGGACUCUGCUAAAAAAUUGUAAAAAUGCAUUCUGAGUAAAUUCACUGUACAAUAACAUGUCUAUAAAUGUCUAUCGACAUGUCUAUAGAUUGCACGUGGGAUAUUAGGGCUUUUUGUUAUCUUUCUUAGUGUAAAACUCACACUGUUUGAUCCCAUGAAAGAUCAAUUUAGAUCAUUAUUUUCUCAAUAAUGUUUUGGAACUACAAAAUAAGUUACACUAUUUUUGCAAGUUGAUUUUCAGUAACAAAUGAUUUUAAUAAAUGGCAUUCAAAACAAAA